GUCAACAGUUCAAGAUGGCUGCGCUGCCGAUGCUGAGGGUCGCGGUUCUUGUCGCGUUUUCGGUGUUUCUAACGCUCAUCCUGGGCUUCGGCUUGCCGUCCGUGCUCAACCUCUUCGCGCGAUGCUGUGGCUUCCCGGAGGCGAGCGUCACCGAGUGCAUCGUGCUGAUGUACGCGCUUUUCGUGCUGUACGUGGCCAUGCCGCGACUGCCCCGCGGGACAGUGAAGGUUGAAAAGAAAGCUGUGCUCAUUACCGGCUGUGACACUGGAUUUGGACUCGCUUUGGCCAAGCAUUUUCAUAAGCUUGGCUUCACGGUGUUUGCAGGUUGUCUGUUUAAGGAUGGAGAAGGUGCAAAGGAACUGGAGAACUUUCAUUCAGAGAAGCUGAAGGUUGUGCAGCUGGACGUCUGCAAUGAGGAGCAGGUCUCUCAGGCUGUCCAGUUUGUGACUGCCAACCUGGAAGACUCAGAGAAAGGUCUCUGGGCUGUGGUCAACAAUGCUGGUAUCUCCACAUUCGGUGAAGUGGAGUUCACAACCAUGGACACAUACAAGCAGGUUUCAGAGGUCAACCUGUGGGGCACCAUCAGAGUAACCAAAGCCUUCCUGCCUCUCAUCCGCAGGGCUAAAGGUCGUGUGGUGAACAUCGCCAGCAUGUACGGCAGAAUGGGAAACGCCCUCCGAUCCCCUUACUGCGUAUCCAAAUACGGAGUGGAGGCUUUUUCUGACUGUCUCAGGUAUGAAAUGAAGGCUUGGGGCGUUAAAGUUUCCGUCAUUGAGCCCGGAAACUUUAUCGUGGCCACGGGCAUCCUGACACGUGACAUAGUCACAACAACAGCAGAGAAGCUCUGGAAGGAGGCGCCCCCCGAUGUCCAGGAGGACUAUGGGAAAGCUCAUUUUGAGCAGUACAUGGCUCUCAUGCGCUCCUACUGCGGCAGUGGCCAGCGAGAGAUUGAUCCGGUUUUAGACGACAUCGCGGAUGCCAUCAUGUCCAAGCGGCCGUACACGCGCUACAGCCCCAUGGAGCCGCAUUGGUGGAUUCGCAUGCAGAUAAUGACCCACCUUCCUGCAGUCAUCUCAGACAGACUCUACUUCUAAUGAGAUGACAACAUCCAAUAUGUUAGUCACAGGGUGCAUCAAUUAUGUCAUAUUGAACGUAAUCAAAUUGGCAUACAAUCUUUUAUAUAAAAGUUCCAAAAAAAAGAAUUAGUAUACAAUCUUAGGGUGCUUUCACACCUGUAGAUCGAUUGCUUUGUUCCAAAACGGGGAUUAAAAUGAUUACAAUGUUGCUUUUUAUGGUGCGGUUCGCUUUCACACAGCAAAUUUUGUAAACGGACCAAAUGUGUUGAUACAAGUCACGUGCGAUUAAACUGCCCUCUCAUUGGUCAAAGUUCCACGGUUUAUUUUCCGGGAUUCUGUGACUAUAUUAAUUUAUAAUUUUGAGCAGGGGGGAAACCUGCCAGGUUCCGAAACAAAGUGACAAGUGUGAAAGCACCAUUACAUUUGAAAAAAGAAUCACACAAAUCUCAAAGAAAUACUUUAGGUAAAAUACAAGUAUGUGUGGUCAACACAAGACAAGUCAACAUUAUUUUAUCCAGAAUAUUUUUUUAAAGGAAUAGCUCAGCCAAAAAGGAAAAUGACAAUGUAUUCACCCUCAGACCAUUCAAGAUGUGGGUGACUUUCUUCAGAAGAUUUUUAGCUGAAACUGAUUUUCAGCUUGGUGAUUCAUAAAAUGCAAGCCAACGGCUAUCGCUUUGAGAGUCAAAACGAAGCAUAAGGCAAGACAAAAUGAAUACCUGUGGUUCCUGAUGAUAUAUUAAGGUCUUAAGCAAAACAAUCAGUCUGUGUAAGAAACCAAACAUUAUUACCUGUAAUCCAGAGCUUCAGGUAAACAAGUGAUGUCUGGUUCACAAACAAAUAUUUUUUUUGAACCGGUUCUUUUUGGCAAUUUACUUGAAACAGUUUACAAAAUUUAACUGAACCAUCUGAAACAAUUCACGACUCAAGCCGCACAGAUAUACAAGUUACUUAAUCUUAACUCACCUGACAGUCAUUACAAUUCGAAAUGAGCCAAAAUACCAGUGUAAUUGAUUCCUCCAACAGUCACUGAACUGAGGAAACAGUUCGACUUGGACCAAAGAGAGAUUAGCUGCUGAUAUGCGCAUGUGUGAAACGAACACUUCAGUGAAGGGGCCAAAUAAACAUAUUUACGGUUUCUUAUUAAUUAUGUAAACAGGUGAGCUUAUAAAGACUAGUUUGUUUACUUCAUAUGCUUUAGACAUGUAAACCAUCCACUUUUCACAUCAUUAUAAAGAACCAGUUCAUGCAAGAAAAAAAAAUUAAAAUCUGACUUUCCUUUUAACACAGGUAAUAAUGUGGCAAAUAAUGCAGGGUUCUACGAGGUACUUAAAGUACUUAUAUUUGACUUUUUGAAAUUAAAAUAAGGCUGGUAAAUUAGUAAUAUUCCUGAAGAGGUGCUUGAAUUAUUAAAAGAAUGUAUCUAUGAAAUAAGUGUUUAAUUUUGUCAAUAAGCACAUAUUUUUUCAUAGAAAUUUCACUUAAUUAAAACACUUAUAAAUUAACUUUUUGCUCAUUUCAAGUAAUGUCAGAAAACAAAUCAAGCUAAGAAAGUAGUAGUACUGAGAGUUGUGUAAACAUGGCUGAAGAAGCUAAAAGAGGCACAGAUCAACCAAAUCAACGGAGUCAUUUACACUGCUCCAAUUGAUUUAAACUCAUGACUUUGAUCAUUAAUUUCAAGCAAUUUCGCUAGUAAAAACCAGAUCAAAUUAAAAGAGCCAUUCACUUUUCGAAUCUCCAAAUCAGUUAAACCAUUGCAUCACUAAAUGAUUGACAGAUUUAGAUUGGAGCUUCACGUAUUGUGAAACAUUUGACUUAGAUUGGAACUUCAAUUCAUGUAUUGCGAAACAUUUUAUUUAGUUCGGAAUAGGUUUGUGACUCAUUUCAUGAAUUGAAUGAUUCAGAUGGAGUGUUUUAAAUCAAAAGAUUCACGAUACGUGAUUUGAACUGAUGGUUCGCAAAUCGUUAUUCAGAUCGGGACUUCAGAACGUGAACGUUUUUUUUUUUUUCCUUAAACAGCAGAAACCAUCAAAUCAUUGAAGUCCCCCUGUAAUCAAAAUGACAUAUUUAAAUGUUUUUCUUUUUUUUUUUUUCGUGUGAAAACUAUGUUUUUACUAGCGGACAACUACAGUGGAUACUGUAACAUGUAUUAAAGUUACUCAAAAUCCCUUGAAGGCUCGAAUGCAGUCUAGUUUGUGACUUUUAUUUUUCAAGUUAGAGGUUAGCGCCUAGAGGUUGUCCUCUCUUUAAUGCUUGAUAUGCUCCAUUAAAUGCUCCAUUUAAUAUGUGGUUUUGUGCUGAUAAUCCUAUUGGUAUAUUUUGCAUGCUAAUGAUAGGAAUCUAUCCUUUGACGUGAUUGGUUACUAAAGUUUGUGAUGUAGCAAAAAAAGGGCUGUUUCAGAGUGCAUUUCUGGGACAGCCUUUGGGAAACUAUAGUUUUAAGGAGAAAAUACACAGCAAUGGUGUUGAUUAAUGGACUGGCACAUGGUUUGUCUAAAACCAUAAUAAAAACACCACAUAGACAAACAACAUAAAAAUCUGGAUUUUCACUACGGGGGACUUUAAGGCAGUACAAUAAUAAAAACAAAACAAAGAAAAAAAGCAAUUUAGUACAAACAUACAAAUUCCUUAAGAAAAUUAACUGUGGUUUUACUAGUAAAAGUGUUGUAUAUUUUGUAAUACUUCGCAUGUGUGUGCUUCACUUUAUUUUUGCCAUUAUUAGUAGUAUAUUUUUAUUUAUUUCUCUUUUAUAGAAUUUGAAAUAGAAGACAUACGUGAGAUCUGAUUGAAGUCCUUGCAAAUCCAAAAAGUAGUGCUCGAAGUCCUUGAAAGUCUUGGAAUUUAUUUUUACAGUAUCUGUACGAACCCUGAUAAUGUUUAGUUUCUUGCACAGACAGAUUGUUUUGCUUCAUAAGACAUCAAUAUAUUGUCAGGAGCCACGGGUUUUAAUUUUGUGUUCCUUAAUAUGCUAUUUUUUAAAUCCCAAAAAUGGCCAGCUGCUUACUUGCAUUUUAUGAAUCACCAUGAUUUCAGGUAAAAAUCUUAUUUAUUGCUCUACUGAAGAGAAAAAAAAAGUCACAUAUGUCUUGGAUGGUCUGAGGAUGAGUAAAGAAACAGCUAAUUUUCCAUUGUCCCUUCAAAUGUAUGCACUUUGAUGCACUUCAUCGUAUUUUAGGCAUCUUAACGGUUAAGUAUUUUGGAAAUUUGAACACUUUUCAGUAUUUUGAUUCGGUCACUCAGACAUUUCCAUAGAGCCAUCACGAAUCACCAGAGGCCUGAAGCCAGAAGCACUGAAAAGCAGCAUUAUACGGCGCGUCCCGGCUGGCUGCUGAUGUGGCAGAUGUCUUAGUGAGGCUCUUUUCAUUGAAAGGAUGAGACCACAGAUGAACAAUAGAGGACGCCUGUGGUUCUGUUUUCUUAGGAGAAACAAAAAGAGUGAUGGGCUGAAAGGGUUAUAGGAUCAACACAUAUUCCCUUAUGAGCAUUCCCUUUAUUAAUGUUUCUUCCAAGAAUCUUGAUGAUUCAGUUUUGAGGUAUUAUGUGGAUCACUCGCCAUCCACUGAAACAUUCUGAAUGUUGAAAUUAGCAUUGUAUACAUAUGCAGCACCCCAAUUUGCAUACUCGUAUGCAAUAAAAUGAUCGUCUCGAUUGUAUGUAGUAAGACCGGCUGUGUUCAAAAUAGCACACCAGCAUACUAUUCUUACUGCUGCAGUACGUAAGAUACAUGUACUAGCAUUCAAAAGUUUGGGGUCGGUGUUUUUGUUUUUGAAAAGGCCUCUUAUGCUCACCAAGGCUGCAUUUAUUUGAUCAAAAGUAGAGUAAUAUUAAAAAUAAUAAUACAUUUUAUAUUUUCUUUCUAUGUGAAUUAAAAAAUUUAAAAUGCAUUUUAUUCCAGUGAUGCAAUGCAGAAUAAAGAAACCAUCACAAUACGCUGAUUUGCUGCUCAGGAUAUCAUCAGUGUUGAAAAUGGUUCAUAUUUUUGUUGAGUUUGGUCAUUUUAAUGUGUUCUUGCUGAAAAAGUGGCAUUAAAAAAAAAAAAACUGCUGACCCCAAACUUGUAUUAAUCAAUGUGAACUUUGAACCACAAUUCAAUGCGCUUGACUUGGCGCCACUGAAUUAAACCUUUAAGCACUUGAUCAUUUCAUAUUCUAGUUAAAAUGUGCAAAAUAAAACCUACUGUUUUACAUACUCUUUGUAAAAGUACAUAGUAUACAAUGUAUACUGCAAACUAGUAAGAUAUACAGUAUAGUAUUCAAUUUUGAACACAGACCAAAUGUUAAUGACCACGUUAUAAAAUUCUGAAACAGAAACCUUUUAAAUUUGCUUGUGAAAAUUAUAUAUACUUAAAUGUAGUACUGUACUUCAAUUUUAUUACAACUUUUUUAUUUUAAAUAUUAAGGAUUAUACAUGCAAUGACUGCUUUGGCAGUUUUGGCCUUGCAUUACUUGCUUUUUCUAAAUAAUUGAAAAUUUGUUAGAGAAUUGUCACAAACUUCCAUGGGCCUUAUGGGCAAUAUUAGCCUAAACACCUCAGAUAUAGUGUGCCAUUUGGAAACACUAGGAUUUGGGAUUCACUAAUGCUGAUUUUACAAACUAUAUACAGUAGGAUGGAUUGAAUGGGAACAGUCAAGACAUAUUGGCAUGUUUGUAAUGACCACCAGAGGGAGCAGAUGAGCUGGCGUCUGUAGCCAUCAGCCUCUUUUUCAAAAGAACACUAACAGUAUUAUCAAGUAUUGUACUGAGUUGUCUUUUGCUCUUUUACAUGAUAUAAUCGCCUAGUACGAAUCAAGUUUUAUGCAUGGCUUUCUUUGAUUUGCUGUGAAUGUGAAAACCAGUGAAGUGUUUGAGAGUUUCUGGACCUUCUGUAAGACUAGCUUAGAAAUGUUCACUACAGUUUGCCUUAUAUUUAAUACAAGUUAUGUUGCGACGUAAUAGUAAAGAAUUCACAUGUAAUAUUUUAGGGAUUUUCACUGGUUGCGUAAUCAUGGAGAGUACAUUUCUGUAUUUGGGGAACUAUGACGAUAAAUAAUUUCGCUUGUAAUGGUCACACGGCUCCCCUACAGUUCUCUAUUAAGUCCUUUCUUUUCCUAUAUAGGUUUCAUUUUGUUUUAGCAUGAAUAUUGCCUGUUUCUUGUCUUCAUUGUCUCACGCACCGCAUGUGUUAAGUCAUUGAUUCCUAGCAGGUCUUCAUUACAUGCCAGCAAUGUAAGUUCCUUGGCAGUGGAACACACAAUCAUGCAGGAUAACUUAUUUCAAAUGACAUUUGCUGAUUAUUAAGCCUUUAUCGUUUUAACUUCUGAAAUUCUGUGACACCACAUUUAUGCUCUGAAUGACAUUAAAGAGAUGUCAGCGUUGAUUCAUGUAGUUUAUUUCUUCCUUUGUACAGUCUAAUAAACUCCUCUUACAUGCGA